CACUCGCUCAGCCAACCCCAUCGUCAUGUUCUGUGUCUUCCCGCGUGCGUGUUAGGCCUAGAGGUUCGAAGAAGGGCGGCCAUAACCAACCAUUGGCAUAAUUAAUCGAAUUCGAAUUCACAUAUCACUAAUUCACUGCCGACUCACGGCUUCAUUUCAUUACACGGCUGGUGCCGACUAAGCUCGCACAGAUUCUGUGUGAAGUGACUUUUACCUCACCAAGGAGACUGGAUCAGCAACAAUCCCCAGCGACCAUGGCACCCUCACUUAAUGCCCAUUCUUCGUUUACGCGGCCGGGCACCCGCGACCGCGAAGGUCGACCUGUGACUCGUGACCAAGGCGAUAACAACCUCAUUAUUCCUAGCCGGACGUCGUCUCUUCACUCACGCAUAACUCAACCCAUUCCCGGCACUCUCAAUGGCAAACCGCAGCAGCGGACUCCCAAGACCCUCACUCAUGCCUACAUGGUAUGUGGUGUCGGCCGUGAACCCUCUCAGUGGGUAAAAGCGCCUGCUCCGACCCAAGGCAAGAUCGGCCAUAUGAAGGGCGCUGUCGGUCAGUUUUGGUUGCCAGAAAUUCUUGGUAGCAGUCCGAGACUGGAACAGGACAACGAUAUCGCUAGGGCCCUGCAUGCUGCUAUGCGCGCUUGCUUCCCUCACGAUGUCGAGAUUUGCACCGGCCGUAGUCAGCCUCACUGCGUCCACCACGCUUUUGUGCUUCAACAGGACUCCUCUCACACGCUUUACGGAAUAUGCUUGCGUGUGUGGUCGCGCGCCGACGAAAAACGAGCUGAGACGAUUCGCGACCUCCGCAAGCGCACCGAAACCGAUUUCUACGACAACCCGGAUGAGACCUACUGGAUCCCCUACUGCUUGUCUUUCCUCUCCCGGUAUCCUCUAUACAACCUGCUUGGAGACUAUUUGAGAGGGAUGUGGAUUCACUGGAAUAAGGCAACUAAUCUUUUCCACGCCGAAGAGGUUUCUCGAAUUCUCAGCUUUCCGGCACCGCGAUUGAACGACUUGGUACGGAUUGAUAUGAAGGAUUAUGCUUUAUGUUACCAAUUUCCUUCAUCGCCUACUGGCUUCCAGAAUUUCGCUAUGUGGCCGCUCUGGAGUUGCUUGUCAAUUCCGAACAUUGUAGGCGUGGUUGAAGCAGCCAUGUCACCCACAAGACGGAUAAUUUUUGUCAGUCAUUACCCUGCGAUGCUGACUGCCGCGGCCGAAACCGUUCGUUUCUGUGUCCGAGUUUACGAGUGGAGCGGCUUGUACGUACCUGUUGUCCAUGCUCGUCACGCGACGGAUCUUGUCCAGGAACCUGGACCAUAUAUCCUUGGUAUUACAGCGGAAUGCCGGACGCUUUUCACUGCGCCCACCGAUGCGCUUGUUGUUGAUCUUGAUCGCAACUUUGUUCUCACAUCAAGCCCACCUACUGCUUUGAGUCCCAGCCAGCGAAACAAGUUCGUCACUCGGUUGACCAAUGCGUUGAAUGGUGAUGUCACUCCCUCUGGCGUCCCGCAGCACCUGCGAUCUGCUUAUGGAGGCGGGAAGCUUGUUCCUGCUGGGCAGAUCAUUGUUAUGCGUGGCGAAGUUGAGUCAAUUCAAGACCCUGAGUGGUGGAACCAAGACGCUGUUAUGGCCGUGAUGGAUCACGUUUGUGAAAAGAUGGGACGCAACACCGGGUUGAAGGCUGUUUUCGGGGGCUCGGUGAAGAAGCCACUCAUGACUAAGGUGUCAAUGAGACAUCUCAACGAAAUUGUUAGGGAACGCAAUCAGUACUCGCGAGAUGCUAUGGAAGCAUGGCAAGACUUCAUCAACCUAAAGGGUCGCAUGGAUACGGAACUCGCCAAGGUUACCAAGCGAAACAACUACCUGGUGGAAGAGCUUGAGAACUGGAAGCAACAGUUCCUUAAGUUUGAGGCUUUUGCCGAGCAACUCACCAAGGAAACGCAAGAUCUCAAGACAAAGAUUGAGACCCAUAAGCGAGAGAAUCGCAGAUUGGUCGGUCUUGUCGAUCAGCAGAAGGAUGAUAAUGCUCGCCUUGCUGUCCGUUUGACUGGCACCGAGAAGCAGCGCGAUGACGCUCUUGAAGCGCUCGUGUUGCAGCAAGAAAUUGCCGAGGAGCUUGAGCGUGAGCGCAAGAGGAACAAGAAGGAGCUGGCCGCGCUCCAACAGACAAAUGCCACCAUGGUCCGGCAGCGAGAUGAAGCCCGACGCGUGGUUCUGCACCUACGCAGCCUGAUUGGAGGUCAGUCGCAUCAUAUGGAACACCUCGUUCGUUCUCUCACGACCCCUGAUGAGAUGAUGAGCGAACUUGGAGAGAGCUUCGACGAUGAGGAGGGCGAAGAGGUCGAGUCUAAUGGUCGCCUUGGUACCCCAAGCCGGGCUCAGAAGCGCAUAUCCGCUGCCAGCUUCAAGGAUGUAGCGGACCGUCAUCUCAAGGAUAAGACUGAUGCUAUUGCUCAUAUUAUUAGAAAUAUUGCUGAGCAGUGUCAGGCUGCCGUGGAGGGCCUGCAGCUUGCUCACGAUGCUGAAGGCGAGCGUCGCUCACCUAGGCUCUCCCGCCGUACCAGCAAGCUCUCAGGUACACAUGAUGAGGAUAGCCACGAUAACUCAGCUUCCGCCUCAGAGGCCGGAGAGGACAGCCUGCUCCAUCCUUCUGGACGAUACUCCAGCGUCCCCCCUACGCCGGAUUUGAUCCCCAACCGCAGCAGCACUUCCAUGUCGUAUGCCUCGACAAUGACGACACCGGAACGAACAAGCCAGCAAUGGAAUGUCUCAGCUGAGAUUCCCACAAAAAUCGUAGAGGAUGACGAAGAUGACCUAGCUGAUCGAAGUGAGGGUGAGGGAGUUCCUCAGGAGCCUACGGUCAUGAGCAAGCACAGCUUGCUUCAUCGGGCCUCAGGUGCUCGUAUCAGUGCUUUUGGCGGUGCGAGGUAAAUUCGGCACGCUUUCCGCUGUGCUGAAGGGGUUUUGCUUUUGGAUGGAAUAUGAAAUACCUUUCUUGUUUCCAGCAGCCAUGAGACCUAGAGAUGAGCCUUCGUGUUGUUUUUAUCUUUCUCUGUGUAUAUUGGAUGUAUUGGCUCAUUUGUGUGCUGAUAUGCAAAGUUGGCACCCGGCGUUGUCCCGACAGGACUGGCUUUUUUUUUCUAUCUAUUUUAUCUGUUGCUCCAUCUAUCUAUCUAGCUGACAACUCAUAUAAUUUUUUUACGCAUCCUCAAUAUUCUCAAGAUAAGAGUAU